AUGGAUAUAGGAGUUGUGAACAGUUUGAUACAAGAGAAGGAGGAUAUUCCCGUGGAUCAGCAACGUCUUAUAUUUGCUGGUAAACAACUAGAAGAUGGAACGAUACUUGCACAAUAUAACAUUCAAGCAGAGUCUACUCUACAUUUGGUGCUUCGAUUAAGAGGUGGAAUGUAUCACUUUACAAGUGGUCGACAAGAUUUUUCCUCAUUUCCGAACAAUAGUGCCGAAGCCAUCAAAAGUACUCUAGCUCUUAACUUACCAGAUGUGAAAUUAGCUCCUUCAUUAUCAUCUGUGGACCUGCAAGAGUAUUUUGUUCAGGCACAAUCUAUCUUAGCAGAGUUGUAUCAUUCAAGUGGAGAUGCAACAACUCCCUCAGACGCACCAAAGCUGGGAACGGCUUUGCUCUCGCAUUUUACUCAAGAGAAAAAUGAUGAAGAUAUAUGA